UGGGAAUAGAAAGAGCAAUGAAGGGUAAAUGAGGAAACAAGCAAAGUUGUCUCGUUGGGGGAGAGAAUUGGGCGUCCUGGUCUGGCUGCCGUUUUGCGUUUUAUACCAGCCCGACUUCUAAUCGGCGAUCUUCAAUUUCACCGGCACCGUCAUCGUCACUUGCCGAUCUCCGAUCAGUCCGAACAAACCCUAGCUUUCAUCAAUUCGUCUGCUCGAUGCUCUGGACUUAGCCAUGAGACGUCGUUGUUUGACCGAAUCACCGCCUUCAGAUCUAGAAAGAAUCGCCUUUUAAUUUUUGGAUUUUGAAUUUUUUAUCGCCAUGGCUACGAGGAACCGGACGAUACUUUACAGGAAAUACAGAGACGCCUUAAAGAGCGUUCGGGUGCCUUCAGGUUAUUCGCCGUCGCCGUCGAGUUCCGGCGGCCCAGUGAUCGAGCUAUCGACCGUUUCGCUUCUUAAUCCCAAUCGAUCUUAUGCUCCGCUUAGUACUGACGAAUCCGGCGCCUUCAGUAAAGGUGCACCUACAGUGGGUCUCCCGCCAGCUUGGGUAGAUGUAUCUGAAGAAAUAGCAGCAAAUGUGCAACGAAUGCGGGUGAAAAUGGGUGAGCUUGCCAAGGCUCAUGCCAAGGCUUUAAUGCCAUCAUUUGGAGAUGGCAAAGAAGAUCAGCGCAGGAUUGAGGCCCUUACCCAAGAGAUAACUGAUCUUUUAAGAAAAUCGGAGAAGAGGUUACAGAGACUCUCUGCUGGUGGGCCUUCUGAGGAUUCCAAUAUUAGGAAAAAUGUGCAGCGCUCUCUUGCCACUGACCUCCAGAGCCUCUCAACUGAACUUCGCAAGAAACAGUCAACUUAUUUGAAGCGCCUCCAGCAGCAGAAAGAGGGUUCAGAUGGGAUUGAUUUGGAAAUGAAUUUGAAUGGAAAUCUUUCCAGAAAAGCAGAUGAUGACUUUGAUGACAUUGGGUUUGAUGACCAUCAAAUGGCCAAAUUAAGGAAAAGUGAGGCGUUAACCGCAGAAAGGGAAAGAGAGAUCCAGCAAGUUGUUGAAUCAGUAAACGAGCUUGCUCAGAUAAUGAAGGAUCUAUCAGUUCUUGUCAUUGACCAGGGCACUAUAGUCGACAGGAUAGACUACAACAUUCAGAAUGUUGCAGCUUCGGUUGAGGAGGGUCUUAAGCAGCUGCAGAAGGCGGAGAGAACACAGAAACAAGGGGGGAUGGUGAUGUGUGCUACAGUUCUCAUCAUUAUGUGCUUCAUCAUGUUGAUCCUUUUAGUACUAAAGGAGAUAUUUUUGUGAUCUACAAAAACAAAGUUGUUUAUAAAUCCCGGCUGGCAUCUUCUUGUCAUGUCUCUACUCCAACUUUUUCCUGCCGAUGUGUCCUUCCAUCUUCUUGGCAUCUUCUUGUUUUUAUACUUUUUUUUCCUUUUGGGGUUUGGGAGGGGGUUGGGAUAAGUUCGUGACUAGUACGGGCAUAUAUGUAUAGGGCAUUCUCCUAUAUGUUGCGAUUGGGUGAUGGAGCAGCAGGGCCUGGGGUUGGUGUUGAUCCCAUGAGAUCUUGUAAUUUUUCACGAAUGCUAAUUUUUCAGAGACUACUGAGGAAGAAGUGAGGCUAUGAACAUCUGUGUAUCGAUUCUUUUUAAGUAGUAAAAAUUGUAACUGGAUUCGUUUUA